UAGUGGGACAUUUGAAUGCAGCAAAAUAAUCGUCGCCGUUCGUCACUCUUCGUGUUGUUUCGUCCUCGCCUUCUGAUUGGCCCGCCGGACCUCGUGUUUCCCGACGUGACCGCUAAAGAGAGUCACCUUGCCCCGGCUGCUGCUGCUGCUGUCCCGGUGAGAGAACAGGUGGACCGACCUGCCCACAGGCACGCAGACAGCGGGACUCUGAACCGGUCCCUGACCCACCGACCGACCGGGGGAAACAUGGCGGAGGCAAAGCCCAAGACCUCUCCGAAGGCCAUCAAAUUCCUGUUCGGAGGUUUAGCCGGGAUGGGAGCUACAGUAUUUGUCCAGCCGUUGGACCUGGUGAAGAACAGGAUGCAGCUGAGUGGUCAGGGGACGAAGGCCAGAGAAUACAAGACCAGCUUCCACGCUCUGUUCUCCAUCUUGAAGAACGAGGGAGUUGGAGGCAUCUACACAGGGCUGUCUGCAGGUCUCCUCCGUCAGGCCACCUACACCACCACCCGUCUGGGAAUCUACACCAUCCUGUUUGAGAAGAUGACUGGAGAAGACGGAAGACCACCAAACUUCUUCCUCAAGGCUCUGAUUGGGAUGACAGCUGGAGCUACAGGAGCGUUUGUAGGAACUCCAGCAGAGGUCGCUCUGAUCAGGAUGACGGCUGAUGGACGGCUGCCUCCAGACCAGAGGAGGGGCUACUCCAACGUCUUCAACGCCCUUGCUAGGAUCACCAGAGAAGAAGGCGUGGCCACACUGUGGAGGGGUUGUGUUCCCACCAUGGCCCGGGCGGUGGUGGUCAACGCUGCUCAGCUCGCUUCCUACUCUCAGUCCAAGCAGGCUCUGCUAGACUCAGGAUACUUCGGAGACGACAUCCUGUGUCAUUUCUGUGCCAGUAUGAUCAGCGGCCUGGUUACCACGGCAGCCUCCAUGCCCGUGGACAUCGUGAAGACCAGGAUCCAGAACAUGAGGAUGAUUGACGGGAAGCCCGAGUAUAAGAACGGUCUGGAGGUCCUGUUCAGGGUGGUGGGCUCUGAGGGCUUCUUCUCCCUGUGGAAAGGCUUCACUCCGUACUACGCCAGGCUGGGACCUCACACCGUCCUCACCUUCAUCUUCCUGGAGCAGAUGAACCGCCUCUACAAGACCUACGUCCUGGACCGCUGACACACACCUGCACACCUACACAAUGCUACACACCUACACAAUGCUACACAACACCGAGACACCGACACAACACCGACACAACACCUACACACCACACCAGGACUGUGACUCGCCUCAUUCUGAACCAACAGUGUUUCAUGAACUGUUCCUGUGAGGUCAUGCGGGUCGUACCACAUCACCCCUACCCCCCAGGCUGGCUGACUUGGUACGGUCCGACUGGCUGAUUGAUUCUUUUUGUAAAGAUCACAACAUAAAUAAAGCAGGUCAUUAAUAUUAAUAAUGUGAAGUCUUAUUUGUAGAAGUGUGAUUCACCCAAAUACACGGCAUCAUGGGAUGGAUGUGUCACCAUGGUAACAGCUGGUUACUUCCUGGAUCGGAUGGAUGAAUAAAGAGUUUUGAGAAUCA